CCCCCUCCUCCGUGUCGCGCGUGGCCAACAUCGGUCCGCAGAGCUCGCUCUUGCAGCAAGAGGAGGCAGAUGAUUGUGCCCGCGGGCGCAACGCAAGACCGGCCGGGCCCGGGGGCGGGGGCGCCCCCGCCGGCCUCCCGCCCGAGGCGGCUCAGGGAGAGGACGAGGACGACGACGAGGAGCGGCAGUGCGCAGGAAGGAGGAGAAUGAAGGAGAGAGAGAGAGAGAGAGAAAGCGCCGAGGGCAAAAUGGCUAUGCGCGCAGAAGGUUCUGUCCGCGGAUCUCUCCACUCUGCCGCUGGGCGACGCGGGGGCAUGGGCGGGGGGGGCGAGGAGCGGGGGGGGGAGAGAGAGAGAGAGAGCUUCGCGGGAGGAGGGAGGAAGUAUGAGACUGGGGAGCAGAGACGAAACAUGUCGCGAGCUCAGCUCGCCGAGCCUCUCGACGCUCUGGAGAAAUGGUACGGGAGGCGCCAGGCCGGGCGCUGCUGCCGGUGCCGGCGCGGGCCCCCUGGCUUAAAGGCGGCCGCGGCCGUGCCAGGAGGCGGGGAGGCCGGCACCGAGCAGCACGCACCCUCGGCACGCGCGGGCGCGCCCGCUGCCAGGCUACGACCCCAGGGCGGGGGCGGAGCUGCCCCAGGGGCGAGCCCGUUCGGCUGCCGAACGGGCCAGCUUCCCACCGCCCUGCCGGAGCCGAGCCCGUGCGGCGGCCCGCCCGGCGGGCGAGCGGGCUAGGACGCCGAGCGGCCUCGAGAAGGGAGCCCUGGGACCGAGGCCCCCGGCGCCCGCCUCGACGCCAGAGGGACAGGCCCGACUUCACCCUAUCGUCGCCGCCGAACGUUGCCGCUGGCGGCGGCGGCUGAGCGCGGCUGGCGCACGAGCGCGCGCGCUCGCGCACGAGCGCACGAGCGCGCCCCGCUCGAGCAGGAGGUCGACUGCAGCAUCGACGUGCCCCAGACUUGCGUGUCGCAAACCAGCACAUGUCUCAGGCCAAACCG